AAAAAACUACAUUAGCUCCCAGAGUGCACCGCGGCUUAUUUUCCCAUCAUCCUUUGCAGCUCAGCCAGCCGAACAGCACCGAUCAAGAUGGCGGACAGACCAGUUCCCUUGGCUGAGAGGCGUCUGAUGGAUGUUAAACUGGGCGAGUUGGGAAGCUGGCUCGGAGGGCGAGACUUCACCCCCAAUGGGAUCAUCUCUGCUGUCCGCAGAGGCCACGACAGAUACUACAAUAAGUACAUUAAUGUGAAGAAAGGAGGCAUCGGUGGCAUUGCUAUGCUGCUCGUUGGCUACGUGACCAUCAGCUACAUUUGGGAAUACGACCACAUAAAACAUGAUCGCUGGAGGAAGUACCACUAACGAGCCAUCAGAGCUUCAGGGAUGGACCUUCCAGCUCCUCCUACUCUUUGCUUUCUCAGCUCAUUGUGUUCAAUAUUUGACCAAUAAACAAUAUGAAGAGUUA